UUUAGCGCGGGUGAUUUUCAAUCAUUUCAUCACCCUUCAAUCAAAUCGAUUCGUCGGAUAUGGACGGCCAUGAUCUUGAGUUCGAGAAAGUUCGAUUGCUAAGCUUGGCUCUUGAUUUUGGCUUUGAUGAAGCUUCCUCUAAGAAGUGCUUGAAUCGUUUGAUUUCUCUCUACGGUGAUGAUGGGCGAGAUUUUGUGUCUGUGGAGCAUUGUGGAGAUGAUUUUCUUGCCGCAUUGGCUGAAACCAUGCAAGACAGUGAGGACUGGGAUGAUUUACAGGCUAUGGAAUCAGAAGCUUGUGGAGCUUUGAAUAACAUGUUAGACGAAAGGGUUUUGAAUAAUGGUGCGGCUGAUAAUGAUGACAGUACUAGAAAUUACAUUGACAUUGUGGAUGAUUCACCUCAGCCUAGAAAGCGCCCAACUUUGAUGGAGUUGGACUCUUCAAGCGAUGAUGAAGACUUGGACUUCAGAAUUCCCAAGCAAAAGGAUCAGAACAGUCGUUCCUGCACUCGAAGUUUGGCUAAACAGUUUUCAAGAUCCUUGGAUUGUGAGAGUGGCAUCACUGGUGUUUCGGAGUCAUCUAUUUCCAAUAAAAAGCAAUGCUCUCAGGUAUCAAAAGGUGAACAUGGGACUCUUAGUUUUGAAGAGUUACAAGCCUUGGAUGACAUGGAAUUCGCGAAUGUUGUUAUAUUUGGCAAUAGAACAUUUCGACCAUUGCAGCAUCAGGCUUGUAAAGCAUCUAUUGCGAAGACAGAUUGCUUUGUUCUCAUGCCGACUGGAGGUGGUAAAAGUCUAUGCUACCAGCUUCCAGCGACUCUGAAACCAGGUGUAACAGUGGUCAUAUCUCCUCUACUUUCGCUUAUUCAGGAUCAGAUAAUAACUUUAAACCUCAAGUUUGGAAUACCAGCAACUUUUUUGAAUUCUCAACAAACUGCUUCCCAAGCGGCAGCUGUCCUCCAAGAGCUAAGGCAAGAUAAACCGUCAUGUAAGCUCUUGUAUGUGACUCCUGAAAGGAUCGCUGGAAACCCGUCAUUCCUUGAGGUGCUAAAAUGCUUACACCGGAAGGGACAACUUGCAGGUUUUGUUGUUGAUGAAGCACAUUGUGUAAGCCAGUGGGGACAUGAUUUCCGUCCAGAUUACAGGGGCUUAGGGUGUCUUAAGCAAAAAUUUUCAAAUGUUCCUGUGAUGGCUGUAACGGCCACAGCAACCCCCUCAGUUCGUGAGGACAUUCUAAAAGCUUUAAGGAUUCCUCAUGCGCUUGUCCUUGAGACAAGCUUUGAUAGACCCAACUUGAAGUAUGAAGUGAUUGCAAAAACCAAGGAAUCGUUGAAGCAGCUUGGACAGCUUAUCAAGGAUCGUUUCAAGAAUCAGUGUGGAAUUGUUUACUGCCUUUCAAAGAAUGAAUGUGUUGAGGUAUCAAACUUUUUAAAUGACAAAUGCAAGAUUAAAACAGUAUAUUACCAUGCUGGUCUGGCUGCUCGUCAAAGAGUUUCUGUUCAAAAGAAAUGGCACACUGGAGAGGUCCAUAUUGUCUGUGCUACUAUUGCUUUCGGGAUGGGGAUAGACAAACCAGACGUUCGCUUUGUUGUCCACAAUACAUUGUCCAAAUCGAUUGAAAGCUACUAUCAAGAGUCUGGAAGGGCUGGCAGAGAUAAUCUUCCUUCUCUAUGUAUUGUUCUAUACCAGAAGAAGGAUUUUAGUCGGAUUGUAUGUAUGUUGCGGAAUGGUCAAGGCUUUAAGAGUGAACGCUUUAAAACCGCAAUGGCUCAAGCUAAAAAAAUGCAGCAGUAUUGUGAACUAAAGGUCGAAUGCAGGAGACAAACCUUACUCCAACACUUUGGAGAGUCUUUUGACAGGAAAACCUGCAAAUAUGGUCCUAGUCCAUGUGAUAAUUGUCUCAAGGCGUCCCUCUGAGCACACACAUUUCCUCUUUUUGCAGCUGAGAUAUGUUCAAACCCAUUGCAGGUUUUUAAACUUACCUUCUUCAUUGCCAUACUCUUAAACUAUCUUCUCUCCACAGCGUUUUACUUUUGACCUAGGAAAUGGCAUUGCCAUCUUAACAUAUAUCCUUUCUGGAGUACUAAAGAUGCCAAUCCUUAUCCAUAACCUGUAAAAAUAUCCUAUAAUGGAGGAACGCAUGAUCAAGGUUAAGACUUAGUAGAGGAAUCAGGAUCAGACACCUCUUCAUAUAAUCCCAUUGUUUGAUUUUGUAUGAUAAUAUUAUAACAAUUCAAUGUGAUUAGAUGGGUUUUAUGUCCUUUCAAAAAUGUUUGCCAUUGCUUUCAUUUUUUAGG